AUGACCUAUGCUUGGCUGUCGGGAGGAUCUACGGAUAAUAUUGUAGGUCAGGAUGAGCGUAAAUUCAUCUCCCUUGAUGGCACACUAUUCUUCUCGCAUCUGAUGCCUGAGGAUCAGAACAGCUAUGCUUGCUCGCUGUCGGUCUACUCCACGCAAGCCGGAAGCUAUGGGCCAUUCUUCAGAUUGAUUUCGUCGACCGAUUUUUACAACGAGACGUUCACGCCGAGACUCGAUUCGUCGCAACCGCAAAUAUUUCCGGAGGAACCCAAAAUUGGCGAUUCGAUCUAUCUUGAAUGUUUCGCCUAUGGAAAUCCAAUUCCACAAUACAAAUGGUCUAGACUCGACGGAAAACCGUUGCCCUCAAGAGCUCACAUCUCGAAUUACGGUCGUGUUUUAAAGAUCGACAAGGCCACUUAUUCCGACUCGGGCCGCUACAAGUGUUUGGCGACAAAUCCGUAUGGAUCGGUGGCCGGCGAGAUUACCGUUCGCCUUCGCGCGCCGCCGACGAUUCUCCAAGGCCUUCAUGAUCAUUUGAUCUCGACCGAGUCGAAUGCGCGCUUCGAAUGUCUGCUGUCAAGUGCAGACAGCGAUUCGACGGUCGAGUGGUUCAAAGACACCAAACCAAUUGCGCCGCUUCUGAUGCCGGCGGAGCAGCGGAAGAGGAUCUCGAUUAGAAAUAAUAUAUUAACGAUUAGUGGGACCACCGAGUCCGACUCGGGCGUUUAUCAAUGCAUUGUUGCGAACGAUGUGGGCAGCUCGACGAGCUCGGCGCUACUCUACGUGAAAGAUUCGAAGCCCACGUUUCCGCCGAACGCGAUGCCUCGUAGGGUGUUUGCCACUGUUGAAAGCACUGUGAGGAUUCCUUGCAUUUUCGAAGCGUCGCCGAGAGUUCACGGAAGAUGGUCGGACGAGGGGGGAUCGCAUCUGCCGACUAUGGGACGACUUCGUGAUGAGCACGGAAUAAUGACGAUUGAGAAGGUGCUCAUGGAGGAUUCGGGUUUGUUCUUUUGCACGGCGCACAAUCGAAUAGGAAAAGCGCACGCUCAAGUGCAGCUUAUUAUAAUGGAGAAGCCAUCGAUUCGAACCAAAGCGAACAACGCGAGAUAUUCGAGCGAUGAUGCGGUGAACAUCAGCUGCGAGGUCGAAAUGGAGUGCGUCGACAAUUCCGAGUGUCCCGAAUCGCUUGUCGAAUAUAAAAUUAACGAUCGGCCGAUGUCGGCGUAUCCGGCGAUUCGCACGAAAGUCCAUGAACACGCUAUGCGCAAAGCGAACCAUCGCGGCAAACACGUCAAACAGUUGAUGGACAUUCGGAUACCGAAUGAUGGCGGCGGCAAGACGAUUGGACGAUUCGCGUGCUCGUCGCUGUACGGCGGCUUCUCGGAAGUGGUGCCAAGACCGCAUAUUCCGUCGCCGAUUGCGCUGACGAUCGAGGAGACGCACAAAGGGACGACAUUGAGAUUGCGAUGGAGGCUGCCACCGCAGCACAGAGAUACUAGGGAUCACUCGUCGAAGAUUGAUGAGUAUGUUGUUGAGCUGCGAACAAAGCGAAAUAGGAAGUGGAUAGCGGCCGAUCAUAAACUGGUGUCGCACAUGGAAAAGGAUAGUGUGACGGUGAAGAAUCUUGCGCCGAACACCGAAUACCAAUUUCGCGUGCGGUCUGUCGAGUCUUCGAUAAUUGGUGAGCCGUCGAUUCCAUCGGAAUGGAUUCGCACACCGCCGGGUCCGCCAAUCGAGAAGGUCGACGCGCUGAAAUGGCGGCCACUUGACUCGCAGACGUUGCUCGUCGAAUGGCAGCCAAUUGAGCUGCAACAGCAUUCUGGCGACAAUUUGAGGUAUCGAGUGUCAUGGCAGGAAUCGAGCCCGAAUCGGACGCUAGUCGACGAUGUCGAACGGAAUAAUUUGGAUUCCGAUCAGCCGCAGGCGAUUUUGAAGUUGAACUCGACUGAUGGAUGCCGAAUGGUUGUGCUCAAAGUGACACCGGUGAAUGAUCAAGGAAGCGGAUCGGAUAGCAUGGAAACGAUUGCGUUCAUCAAUAGUCACGGGCAACUGAAGAAGGUUGAGAUGCACAACGUGAGGCCCGUCAAUGCCACCCAUGUGAACAUCUCUUGGGUGUGGGAAGAGAAUUCGGAAUGCGAUACGAAGCAUGCGGUGCAGAUCACCUGCAUCAGCAAAGACGGUGAGGAAGUGAUUGCGACUGUUGAUAGCGAUUUGACGCAUUUGACGUUGGGCGGAUUGGAGGCGGAAACCGCGUAUGAUUGCACUUUGAAAGCGGUGGAUAAUCAUGGAAACUUUGGCCCGGCUAGCAAACAAUUCCGAAUACACACGAAGCAGCAUCCACCGGAAGCGGCGCCGAUCAUCACCAAAUUGCGGCUUCAACAGCUACCCGAAGGAUUCACCACGUUACUCGAAUGGACGGCCAUUGAACUCCAGCAGCCGAAUCGAUCGGAUUACGGGUGUGGAUAUAAGAUCUACAUCUACAUCUCCGAAACCGCCACCGAACCAAUUAUACUGGAUAUGCCGGUUCAGCGAUUGUCCGAUAGGCGAGCACCUUCGGCUCGUCUUGAUGGCUUGAAGCUCAUGAUGAAGUACAUCGUGCAUGUCGCCGGCUAUAAUCCAGGCGGUAUUGGUCCGAUCAGCGCUCCGGAAUCCACUAGAUUAGGCUCGCAAUCCUCAAUCGAUCUCCACGUUUACUCGAUGACCGAUUCGUUCAGGGUUCUUCCAAUGUUCCUUUACUCUUUAAUAGCGUUGAUCGUGCUCUUCUAG